CUCUGUAUGGGACGAUGGCAGAGGAGGAUUAUUCCACUGUUUUGUCGUUUCCACACAACAACAGGUCGCACCGGUAAACCCCCGAUAACAGCGCUCUAGCACGCCGGGUUUGGGACACGUUUUGGGGGCGCGGAUGUGGCAGCUCAGCCCUGGACUGGAGGAGGAGCAGGUGUAGAGUGGCUGUGGUGGAGGGGUGCCUACAGGAUGGAUAUAGAUGCCUGUUUUCGAUAUUACUUCCAGCACCCAUGGUCGCGCCUCAUCGUGGCCUACCUCGUCACCUUCUUCAACUUCCUGAUCUUUGCCGAGGAUCCGGUCUCCCACAGCCAAACCGAAGCUCACAUGAUCGUCGUGGGCAACUGCUUCUCCUUCCUCUUCAACAAGUAUCCGGGCCUGGGCUGGAACAUUCUCAAAGUCAUCUGCUGGAUCGCUGCCAUCAUCACCGGACUGUUAGCCGGGAAGUUUAUAUUCCACCGGCAGCUUUUUGGCCGAUAUCUCCGUUUGAAAAUGUUUCGUGAGGACCAUGGCUCGUGGAUGACCAUGUUCUUCAGCACAAUCCUCUUCCUCUUCAUCUUCUCCCACAUCUACAACCUGUUCCUGCUCAUGGCCGGCAGCAUGGAGCCCCACAUGGUGACGGAGUACAUGGGCAUCCGUAAUGAGAGCUUCAUGAAGAUCGCCGCAGUCGGGACGUGGAUGGGGGAUUUUGUCACUGCUUGGAUGGUGACAGAUAUGAUGCUGCAGGACACGCACUACCCAGACUGGGGCCGAGCUGCAAGGAAAUUUUGGAAAAGGGGCAACAACCGCAUCGUCCUCUUCUGGGCAGUACUGAUCUCGCUGACCUCCGUGGUGGUCCUGGUCAUCAGCACAGACUGGAUCAGCUGGGACAAUCUGAACCGAGGCUUUCUGCCCAGUGAUGAGGUCUCACGGGCCUUCCUCGCUUCCUUCAUCCUGGUGUUUGACCUCCUCAUCGUCAUGCAGGACUGGGAGUUCCCACACUUUAUGGGGGAUUUGGACAUGAACCUUCCCGGGAUGUCCACCACUCACGUGAAAGUCAAACUGCCGGUGUGCAAACGGAUCUUUAAAGACGAGUACCACAUUCACAUCACAGGAAAGUGGUUCAACUAUGGCAUCAUCUUCCUCGUCCUGAUCUUGGACUUAAACAUGUGGAAGAACCAGAUCUUCUACAAGCCUUAUGAGUACGGACAAUACGUGGGUCCGGGCGAAAAGAUCUACACCGUCGAAGAACCGGAGACACUCGCCAACUUCAACCACUCCACUCUCACCUACGAGUGGCGCUAUAGCAACAUCGACCCACGCACCAACCAAACCUACGUAACCCGGGACAUGUUCCUGCACAGCCGCUAUGUGGGGGCUAGCUUGGACGUCAAAUGUUUAGCGUUCAUCCCCAGUUUAGCCGCUUUUGUACUGUUUGGAUUCUUCAUUUGGUUGUUUGGGAGAUUCCAGGACAGCGAGACAUUUACGGAAAACCCGGAUAAAUCUUACGAGAGGAUAAAGAGGAAAUCGCCAUCGGAGUACAGCUCUAAAGACAUGGGGACGACGCCCGAGGAACUGCACGCGACGAUGAUGGACAGUUUGAAAAAGUCGGGAACGCCGAUGCUGCUGUCCGUGGAUGGACCAAAUUUCGGGGCCACUCCUUCGACCAAUUCGACGAUCUCCAUGGAAACGCAAGAGACGCAUCCGAGUAUCGUGAUUGACAGCACAGAGCAGGACGAGCCAGCCGUGUUUUUUGAUGUACACAAACUGUCCCCGUAAGAAAUGACUGAAACUUUCAGUCCUAUGAGCGCACUGUUACAAAGGAAGAUUCACACGAGUUAAAAUGACUUGAAUUCAGAAUAUUAAUCUUUUAGCAGUUUGGGUGGGGACUAUUUAGAACUGAACAAAUACAUAUACAUUAUAAUACAGUUUUAUCUGAUUUCUCAACUUUUAAUGGGGGUUAAAAGCUAUGUAGCAAUGCAUGACUAUAACCUAUGUAUAUUUUUUUAUAACCAUUGAAAUCACGUUAUGUUCCACUUCACUUUUGCUUCCAUUUCAGAAUUUUGAAUUUUUACAAUUUGUUAAUACAUUUUUUUAAAGGGAAAAAAACACAUUACUGGCUCAAAAUGUUGCAUAAUUAAGAAAAUAUAUUUUAAAUAAGUCAAAUACCAAUUUAAGUAAGUUUAUAAGUAAAUGUAUCUACUACUAAAAUCAGAUUAAUAUUGCAAAUUCAACUCAUUUGAACUUGUGUAUUCCUCAUUACUAUGGACCUAGCUACAGACGUAUAUGUUAUGACAUGAUAUCUAUUUUUAUAAACCUUUUUAAAUGUUCCAAAGUGGUACCAAGUCCAAACCCCACUGCUCUGUCGAAUGCAAACAGUCUCUAUCAGUCUACAUGGUGCUGCCUGCGAUUUUUCACUUUCAUAACUCAAAAACAAUCGACUUUUGACAACACUUUUGGUGCCUCUUAUUACAUUGUAUUUAAUGUAUGUAAUAGCUACAGUAGUGCCUUGAUAAUUCACAAGAGUAAACCUUAUUAGUCUAUACAAGGUCAGUCCAGGAAGUAAUGAGAAUGAGAGAUCCAAAAAUGUUUAAAUGGUAAGUUAGUAGUCGGGUCUGUGGAGAGGCGAGCCAGCUCACAGUCAGGAUGCUUGUUUUUUAAUGCUUUUUAAUGGAACAAAAAGAACUGUAAUCAAUGUAUAACUAUAGUCUAUAAUCUAUUAAUGGAAGCUGUUGAAAAAUUGCAAAAUUCUGGGUCGUGAUAUAGAAUUGGCCAAAAAGAUUCUAUUGUAAUGGAGUAGUAUCAGCAGAUAAGAAAGAAAUACAUAAACAGGGCACAUUUAUGUGUUUUAAUGGACCUUUAAACAAAUACUACAGUUUUGUUUUAAGGUCCAUUGAAACAAAACAAUAGUAUCGUUUUAUAGUUUUGUUUUAAUGAACCUUUUUUGAAUAGUUUUAUAAUCUUUUCUUGAUGUUUUAAGCUAAUAUGAGAACACAUGGUGGCAAUAUUAAAAAAAACAACAACUUCAAAUUCAUAUUGAAAAUCAGUCAGUGUUUUUAUUAAAGGUGUUUUAGUUUGUCAACACUGUCUCAGAUCUGUACUUCCUGGACUUACCUCGUAUAGGCAGCAAACUGAAGAUGUCCUAUUUAUAGCUUGCUUUACUUGUAUCCUUUAUGUAAGUCAUGUCUUAUGCUACAAGUGUUACGCCUCAUUACGCACUCAGACUAAUUGGUCCUUGUGAGUUUUGCUCAUCUCGAUGAAAUGAUUAUGAACCCCCGUGUACGCUAACGACCUAUUCACCUCCCUUCUCCUCAUAUUAGCUGCACAAAUCAUAAAUGUAAUCAGAGGAUGGGAAAGUUAUGCAUACGUUACCUGAUGAUUUGUCCUGUGCACCUGGUCUGCAUACAAACUCAGACUGUGAGAUCUGCCUUGGGCGUAAACAGCAGCUCCUCCAAAGCUAUAGCUGCUUUUUCAGCUCAGAAAAUACCACAACAGCUUUGAAAUAGAGCUGUGCAGGUAUCGAAAAUGCAUCGAAUUUUUUUGGAAUUGAAUGUUGCUAAAUUUAGGUUGUCAGCUCUCUGUCUCUGUAUUGUGUCCUCUGCUUUCUUUGUGUGUAUUGUGUGUCCAUUAUCAUACAAAUUGAUUUGAUUUAAUUUAUUAUGAAUGUUGAUUAAUUUGAAUAUCAAUAAUUAUUUCAACAUAUUGACACAAAGAGUGAACUCUAUCCUGUACUGUAUUCACUUCAACUUUAAUAUGCUAAUCGAUAAUAUUCAAAUACUGGUUUUAUUAUUAACCAAAUUAUCUUUUUGGAAAAUGACAUAUUAAAGUACUAAUGUAGCCUGUACUAUUUUAUUCACAAAUAACAAUCUUCUGCAAUUGGUAUAUGAAUCUAAUCUACUAAUCCUGUUUUUAUACCUAUAACAAAAUGUGUCAUGUAUUUCAGUGGUUUGAACUGGUCUACUACUUUUACUACUGCUAUUACUACUACUACUAUUACUGCUGUUGCUACUACCGCUACUACCACUACUACCACUACCACUACUACCACUCCUGCUACCACUACUACUACUACUGGUCAAAUGGGAGAUACUUUUCUCAGCCUGUAGACAAUAGUUGUCUUAUGUUUGAAUUCAUAUUUAUAUUAUUUAUAUCCAAGUCCGCACCUCUAUUUGAAAAUACCUGAAUGGAACUGACUGACCAAAGAUACCAAAUAAGUGUACUGUCAAAUGUAGUCAUUUAUUUAAGAAAAAUACUCUCCAAGUAAAUGUGUGUAUUUAUUUCCAGCAUGUGUGACUGUUUAGUUCUGGUGUGUUCUAUGUGAUCCUUUAAGCCGUCAUGUUUCUUAUUGUAAGUAAAGUCUUAAUUUUCAAAACAGAUAAUUAUAUCGAUCAUUAAAUUCUUUGAUUUUCUGUUUCGUUGCACUUUGAUCUCGCUGUGGUCAGUAUGUUCACACCAGCCUGGCCAACCACCAUUUUGAAUAUGUCAGUAAAAGUAUUUGGAUCUGACAACAAAUCGGUAUAAUAUCUAAUACUGUACUUUAUUUCAUGGUAUCAAAAAGCAUGUAUCAAUACUCCAAAAAUGAACAGCUGACCCUAUUUUAAAAUAUUAUGUCCCUCUGUUCAAUUUCAUAAAUAAAUAAAUAGACAUGUUAUAUAUAAUAGUCUGACCUCUCUAUGCACUGUAAAUUUAAAUGGUGAAAUACAUGUUAAAAAAAAAAAAAAGUAUAAAUACUCUUACUUUAAAGCUGUACUAUGUAACUUUUACUACAAAUUAUAUUAAAUGCCAAACUAAACAAAAUGGUCAAACUGGAGUAUACACGCUAAUGUGGACACUACGCACAUUGAUGAUUUGUUGUCACUUGCCAAAACCCUCUUAAUUUGUGUGUGUGUGUGUUUAAAGUUAGCGGCUAAUGCUAAAUCCUAAAUGCAUUAUGGUCUGCUGAGCUUGAAUGCAGCCCUGUUGUUUACAGAUGUUAAAGGGUCUAUCUUCAGAGUAUCAUUGUGUUUUGUGCUUUUGAGGCUUUAUAUUUGGUUUGUGCUUUUAAGGAACAUUUUUCAGUGUUUUUUUUUGUGUGCAUAUUCUUCUGUUCAACUGCAAAUAAACAAAUACAUUUCCUAC